CCCGCCUGCUAAAAAAUUUAUUUUUAAUUAUAGGUCCGUUUUAACCAAUCAAUAGCAGGUACAUGGGAUGUGACUAGAACGACCCAAAAAAAACAUUUUUUGUGCUUUACUACCACUAUCACUACUAUGGGAUACACAACGGCAUCCCAUGACCAAGUGUGUGUACCAGAAACACUAUUGAAAAAGAGAAGAACUACGGAAAAGACAGAUGCAGAGAAACAAUUACAAAAGAGCCAAUGCCAAAAAGAACAAAAGAAUGUACGAAAGAUAAUCUUUAAAAAGGCCGAUGACUAUGUGAAAGAAUACCGACAAAAGGAAAACGACGAAAUUCGACUAAAGAGACAAGCCAAGAGUGGAGGCAAUUACUACGUCCCAGCACAACCUAAAUUAUUAUUUGUGAUUCGUAUCCAAGGUAUCAACGAUAUUCAUCCCAAAGUACGCAAAGUAUUACAGCUGUUCCGAUUAUUGCAGAUCAAUAAUGGUGUGUUUGUACGCAUUAAUAAAGCGACACUUGCUAUGCUUCAAAUCAUUGAACCGUACGUCACCUACGGUCCACCUAAUUUAAAGACAGUGCGAGAAUUGAUCUAUAAACGUGGAUAUCUGAAAUGCAAUGGACAACGACUUCCUAUAACAGAUAAUCAAAUAAUUGCAGAAAACCUAGGUCAAUUUGGCAUCAUUUGCAUCGAGGAUAUCAUUCAUGAAAUAUUCACAUUGGGUGAUCAUUUCAAACAAGUCAAUAAUUUUUUAUGGCCUUUUAAAUUAAGUAACCCAAACGGUCAUAAGAAAGUCUCUUGGAAACCUCGUAAAUUUAUCCAUUAUGUGGAAGGCGGUGAUGCUGGUGAUCGUGAAUUCGAUAUUAACAAAUUAAUUCAGUCCAUGAAUUAACUCUCCUUUGUACAAUAAACCCCCCAAUCAUCUUGCCCCCUUUCUCCCUUUUUUAAAAAAUGUUGUCAGCUAAAUCGAGAAUGUGACUGC